CGUUAGCACUGCGCAGUAGAAGAUUGUUGUCCGCCAUCACUGCAAGAGAAGCUAGGCAACAUUUGAGAGAAGAGUGACAACAACAGCGCCGAGAGACGGACCCAAACCCAAGGGGAAGGUCGAGGGAGAUCUUUACCACUUUGCAUUUGAAGGCCUCCCUGUUGCAGCCUGAAAUAGUAUUUCAUGUUAACGUAGAGACGACGGACGUACUAACUAAUCAUGUCCAACCUCAAAGGCGGCGUCAAGAAAGACACCAAGAUGAGGAUAAGAGCCUUUCCUGUAAGUACUGGCCGGGUACGCUGAGACGCGAGUACCGGGGAUAUCACUUGCUACCUGUUUGAUGCUCAAAAUAGGCCAGACUAACUGAACAAAUACAUUUCACUGUCUGCUAACAACUAGCUACGCUUCCUAUUGCGUUGAUUCAUAAUCGCUCGUUGGCUGGCUAGCUAGCUAGCUUGAUAAUCAUUGAUUCGAUCGGGUUCUGUUAACUAUGUGCAAACUGGAAAAUAUCCACUACUAUCGAACUAGCUAACGUUACUAGUUUACGUUAGCUAACUUGCAGUGUUGCUGACAAACUAGUUAGGUAACUACACAUAUUGUCAACCAGCUAGCUAACUUAACUAGUUCCCAGAUGAACGUAGCUAACUGACUACCUAGAUGGCUAGCUAUGCUAACUAACAAUGUCAACUAUCUAACGUUAGCUAGAAGGUUACCAUGUUAACGUUAACUUGGCUACAUAGCUAGCUAGGCUACCAAGUUCGCCAGUCUUUAUCAAUUUAGCUAGCUAGUUAGUAACUAGCUAACUCGAGAAAUGCCACUUUAAAUAUGUAGCUAGCGGAGGUUGUUCUGAUUAUCAUUCAGCCUGACCAACGUUAGAUAGCUAACGUUAGUUGUUAAGCUAGUUAGCCAGCUAGCUAGGAUAGAUGUGUUGCAUUCAUGACAACUUGGAAACUCGGAACCUCCGAGUUACAAUUAACAUAAGUAUUUGGGUAGAGCUUCCUAUUGGUUGAUUCUGAUACUAUCUAAGUGUGAAACUCGGGCCUCAACUUUCGACAAAGAUUUUACAAGUCGGACACUUCCGAGUUGUCUUGAACCAGUUUCUUGAACGUAGCCGAAGAUGAUCAAUUAUAUUGACAAGAUAGUCCAGUGCAACCAGUGAUAUAAAGUAGUUUUUUUGGGGGGGCUGAAAUUCCACGUGCGUCCACAUAUAUCAGUGCAUUCGUAACAACCUAACCAUUACGAAACUUAUAUUAGAUAAAAUAAGCCUCGCAAAGCAAAUGAGCAAUACAAUUUUUUGUUGACCAAAUUUGACACUUGCAUUGACCUCCAUACAAAUAUUUCUCACUUUGUGGUGUUAUUUUUGUGGACAGAUUUUGGGUGGAGUAAACGUCUUGCUUCUUCUUCGAUAAGGUUUAACAGCGGUUGGCAGCCAAUAAAUGUUGCGUUACCGCCACCUACUAGACUGGAGUACAACUCCCUUUAUACUUUGCUUGAAAAAAUAAACAAAUACCCUACCAUCUAACACUACACUCACAAAAAAUAAAAAUAACACCACCCUACUCCACUAUUUAAAUCUAUUUAGUCCUAUCUCUGGCCAACAACCUGAAAGGAUGGGACACCACCACUUAACACACCAUGUAACUCUUCUAAUGUCAAGUCUCGCACACCCAAAUACCUCUCUGCAGCUGCCACCACAACUUCAAUUUUCUGCGACUUACGUUCCAUCCCUGCAGUACAGUUAAUAACCAUUGUUAUAAAUGCUAAAAAUCUAAUCUUACUGAAACAUAUCACUUGUUGGCCUAUCCCUCUGUACUGGUACAUAUCUACUACUCACACCACUCCUCUCAGGAUCCCUCCCCCUUGACCUAUCUUACAUUUUAGUCAUUUAGCAGACGCUCCUAUCCAAAGCGACUUACAGUUAGUGAGUGCAUACUUUUUUUUUUCAUACUGGCCCCCCGUGGGAAUCGAACCCACAACCCUGGCAUUGCAAGCGCCAUGCUCUACCAACAGAGCUACACGCUACUUUCUUCACUGCCUCAGCAUAUGACAACUUCUGCACUACUCUAACCCUGGAAACCUCAACCUUCCUCUCUUGCACGGGACAUUUCUGAUCCCCAGCCCCAUGGGUACCCCUACAAUUAACACAUACCACUACAUUCCCCAAUGCUACACAUUCCUUUGUCUCAUGCCCUUCUGCACACCUAGGAACCUCCCUCCUACACACUGCUGCCACAUGCCCAUAAGCUUGACACCUGUAACAACGUAAUGUAUUCGGCACAAAAGCUUGUACAGAAUAACUUCUAUAUCCUAACAUCACUUUGUCGGGCAAAGACUCAACAUCAAAACUGAAAAGAACAGACAAUGACUCUUAUGUUUCACCACUCACACCACCCUGUCUGCGUCGCACCAAAUGAGCAUCACAAACACCGGGAAUCUUCCCUUUCAGUUGGUCAACUUUUACAUUUACUGCUACCCCAGUAAUCACUCCUUUCAAUGGCGCCCUUUUCUUGAGCUCAAAACAAUUCACAUCUCUUGCCCCCAUUCGUUUAACGCGGAGCGCCUUCUCCCUCUGACGAGCAGAAACGCAAACAAUUAUCACAAGACCACUUCUGGUUACCCUCACCGAUUCCACAGCACCCAACUCUGUUUUCACCCACCCUGAAACUACAAAUGGAUCAGCCAAAAGACAACGUUCCACUUUUCCCAAAAACUUCACUCCUACUGUCCCAGACUCAUCUUUAUCCUGACCCUCGGGCUCCAAGAACUUCACCACACCUACCACCUCCGAUACUUCGCCCUCAUUCACUUCCGUUUCUCCUCCUGUCUUCAGCUCACUCUGCUUACACUUUCUACAAUUCUUCUUUAACAAACCAUCUCCCUUUUUUCUGCCAUUUUUUACAGACUCAAAAUCACCCUCUUCCUCCCUCUCUCUCUUAGACCUCCUCUGCCUCUCUUUUUCCUUCCAUUCCUCCUCCGUAUUCCAAGUGUAAGUCUCCUUAUGAUAAUACUGCACUUCUCCUGAAAUGCAUAUUGUUCUUACCUUCUCAAGGGACGUCAUUUAACUGGCUGUCACAAUCUCCGUACAAUCAGCACGAACCCCUCGGGAUGUAGCGCUCAACAGUGCAUCCCACAGAGCGCGUCUUGAUGUUAUUCUUUAUCAAUAGCUACGGCGACGCUUUUCCAUUUCAAAUAAGCGUGCUCUUCCAACCAGCAUCCACCGUCACUCGUUACGCUCUCCCAUCUUGUUUCUCCUCUUCCUCUCACAUAAUAAUAAGGAAUUCCCUCGGCCACACCCACAAAUUGAGGAAAACAUUAUUUCCCAUUGACCUCCAGUGUAAAAGAGCCAUCUGAGGUGUAGAUUUAUUUUUUGUUAUAUAGAAAUAACAAAACAUGCUGUAAAGCUGCUGUGUUCAAUGUACAUGUUACCAGGUCAAAAAUCCAGACCUAUGGUUCGCAAUGCUCCCAUGUAGGGAAAUAGAGCCUGCGAGAAGAGUCCUGUGGCUUCUGGUUAUUCGAAGUGGGGACUGUGUCCAAGUAGGCUACACGUAGCUGUGCGUGUGGGAAAACAUUUGUUUAGUAUAGUCUGUUUGUUACGCCACUCACUACUUGUAGCUUUGUAGUCUGUGUUGUUUUUGGCUAUCUUAAUGUUCCGGUUGGUAGCUAGCACUCACUCAUGUGGCUGCUAGCAGCGUCAUGAAAAGGGGCAGCCCCACAAUAUUACAUUUUUCUAAGUAGUGAGAACACUCGGGAGCAGGCAAUGCUUAAAAGUAAUCUUUAAACAUGUUCUACUUUGCUUAAAUGUGGUUUUGUAAUUGACUAAAACAAGCAGACAAAACAUUUAAUGUUUGAAAAAGGCAAAAUAUUUGCUGUGAGCCAAUGGGGUAACCAGAGGUUGUUUUCACCUCAGGCGGGAGGGGCUGCAACGUUCUAUCUAAUACCGACUGGGUCUAUAUAGGAUGCAGAGCAUUCACGCGUUGGUGUCCUAGAAGGCUUCAAGGAGAGCCUGGAAAAUAACUAGCAAAAUGCUUUAGAGGGGUACAUGCUUCCGAAAAUCCUGUUACUGAAGGCAUAUCUAUAAUCCGUAAUUCCUUGACCGUCCUUCCGGAUUGUGUAUAGGUGCCGGUUUGUAGAAAAGUUUGGCUCAGACAGUUUCUUUAAAGAUAUCUGCACAUUAUACAGACUGGAUGGACAAGGAGUUGCGGAUUAUAGAUGUCUAACAGGAUUUUACAAGUACCCCUUCCUAAGAAAAAUGCCACUUUUCCAGACUCCGCAUUGUAGACUUCUAGGACACCCAUGCGCAAAUCUUAAAUGCACCAUUAGCUGACUGGCUAGGUAGCUAGUUCCUUAGCUGUGCAGCUAGCUAGUUAACUACCCAGCCAAAAAAUACUAAAGGUACCAGAGAGGGUAGCCGACUCAACCCCAUGAUUUACGAUGGAGUUGAGCGGCGACUAGUGUGGGCGGACUAGAGCUCCGACCUCACACACAAUCCUGUGUAAAAAAUUUACGUCGGAGCUCCUGUCCGCCCAAAUUAGUCGCCACUCAACUCCAUCGUAAAUCGUUGUUUAUUCAGCUACAGAAACGUACAGUAUAUAACUUGCUAGCUAGCUGCCACUAAUCUGUUGUCCGUCAGAACCAAUUAAUUAUCUUGGCCUACUUUGAAAAGGUUAACGUUAGCUAAUCGAGGAGCACAGCUAACUACUAAUGUUAGCUAACAUUACCUAGUGGUUUGGUUAUUUUUGUCAACAGCUUCCGUUGAUCAAGACACGCAUUACACAACGUUGCUUAGAGUGGAGUUUAGUUCUCUAUUAUUGAUUUACUUUUAUUUGGUGAUCAAAUAGUAUUUUUCCUUUGCCCAUUUGUCAAAGUUUAUUAGGUGUUUUUUGGAGAUGUGACUAUUUAUAGACAUUUAAAAUUAGGCCUGCUAUGUUGCAGAACUAGCUAAACAUGGAGAACUGUGCUGGAGUAGUCUUUUUUGUUGUUGUUGAGAGGAGCCCCACAUUGUUGGAUGCCAGAAUUUGGCUGCAUGUGUGAAGGAAUGACAUUGCAGUCAGGGCCCUGGGCUUAGCCAGAAGUGUACUCCAUCUCAGUCCCUGAAUAUCUCGCUCUCUCUCUCUGUUUAUCGCGGUCCUUUACACACACACACACACACACACACACACACACACACAGUGUUACACUCUGACAGCUUGAAUGCUGCAGGAAUAACAGCGGCAGGGUGGCCAUGUGAGUGCUUGUGUGACCACACACUCAGUCUGUGUGGACAUGGACAUGUAGCCAGGGUAUGGGAAAUGCAGUUUUUGCCUGCCUGCAUACGUGCAGCUAGUCUGGCUGACGCGAGCCACGUGACUUAAAGCACAUUGAGAGCUGUGACCACAGCAUCAAAGAGCCAUUCCAGACUCAGAAGUCCGGAGGACUUUGAGAGUUAGGUGUUAGCCAGACUAACCUGCCACAGCCCCACUGAGAAUAAUAACUGAGUAUGAGGAUAAGGCCUAGUUUAGAAGUAGGGAGAAGCUUUUCACCUUACACAACUGCUUGGCCCCCAGUUUAUUACUGGCACAUUAGAACUUGCAAAUGUAGGCCCACCAAAGUGCUCCUUUCAGUGUAGUGUGUGUGUCUAGGGCCUAUGUCAGGGAUCAUCAACUAGAUUCAGCGGAUGGUCAGGGGGCCGGACCAUAAUGACAAAUAAUUUUGUAGAAUGCAAGUUGACUGCAAUUAGCCCAAACCGAUAUAAACUCAGCAAAAAUAGAAACGUCCUCACUGUCAACUGCGUUUAUUUUCAGCAAACUUAACAUGUGUAAAUAUUUGUAUGAACAUAAGAUUCAAUAACAGAGACAUAAACUGAACAAGUUCCACAGACAUGUGACUAACAGAAAUUGAAUAAUGUGUCCCUGAACAAAGGGGGGGUCAAAAUCAAAAGUAACAGUCAGUAUCUGGUGUGGCCACCAGCUGCAUUAAGUACUGCAGUGCAUCUCCUCUUCAUGGACUGCACCAGAUUUGCCAGUUCUUGCUGUGAGAUGUUACCCCACUCUUCCACCAAGGCACCUGCAAGUUCCCGGACAUUUCUGGGGGGAAUGGCCCUAGCCCUCACCCUCUGAUCCAACAGGUCCCAGACGUGCUCAAUGGGAUUGAGAUCCGGGCUCUUCGCUGGCCAUGGCAGAACACUGACAUUCCUGUCUUGCAGGAAAUCACACACAGAACGAGCAGUAUGGCUGGUGGCAUUGUCAUGCUGCAGGGUCAUGUCAGGAUGAGCCUGCAGGAAGGGUACCACAUGAGGGAGGAGGAUGUCUUCCAUGUAACGCACAGCAUUGAGAUUGCCUGCAAUGACAACCAGCUCAGUCCGAUGAUGCUGUGACACACCGCCCCAGACCAUGACGGACCCUCCACCUCCAAAUCGAUCCCGCUCCAGAGUACAGGCCUCGGUGUAACGCUCAUUCCUUCGACGAUAAACUUGAAUCUGACCAUCACCCCUGGUGAGACAAAACCGCGACUCGUCAGUGAAGAGCACUUUUUUCCAGUCCUGUCUGGUCCAGCGACGGUGGGUUUGUGCCCAUAGGCGACGUUGUUGCCGGUGAUGUCUGGUGAGGACCUGCCUUACAACAGGCCUACAAGCCCUCAGUCCAGCCUCUCUCAGCCUAUUGCGGACAGUCUGAGCACUGAUGGAGGGAUUGUGCGUUCCUGUUGUAACUCGGGCAGUUGUUGUUGCCAUCCUGUACCUGUCCCGCAGGUGUGAUGUUCAGAUGUACUGAUCCUGUGCAGGUGUUGUUACACGUGGUCUGCCACUGCGAGGAUGGUCAGCUGUCCGUCCUGUCUCCCUGUAGCGCUGUCUUAGGCGUCUCACAGUGCAAUGUAUUGCCCUGGCCACAUCUGCAGUCUUCAUGCCUCCUUGCAGCAUGCCUAAGGCACAUUCACGCAGAUGAGCAGGGACCCUGGUCAUCUUUUGUUGUUUUUCAGAGUCCGUAGAAAGGCUUCUUUAGUGCCUACGUUUUCGUAACUGUGACCUUAAUUGCCUACCGUCUGUAAGCUGUUAGUGUCUUAACGACCGUUCCACGGGUGCAUGUUCAUUAAUUGUUUAUGGUUCAUUGAACAAGCAUGGGAAACAGUGUUUAAACCCUUUACAAUGAAGAUCUGUGAAGUUAUUUGGAUUUUUACAAAUUAUCUUUGGAAGACAGGGUCCUGAAAAAGGGACGUUUCUUUUUUUGCUGAGUUUGACUACAACAUAAUAAUUUCAACCCUUGCUUACAUUUGUAUACAAUCACAUAUACUGAGUAUACAAAACAUUAAGAACACCUGCUCUUUCCAUGACAGACUGACCAAGUGAAAACUAUGAUCCCUUAUUGAUGUCACUUGUUAAAUCCACUUCAAUCAGUGUAGAUGAAGGGUUAAAGAAGGAUUUGUUUUAGUCCAUGCCCCGACAAAUUGAAGCUGUUCUGAGGGUAAAGGGUGAGGGUGGGGUGGGGGGGGUGGCUUGCAUGCCUGUACAGGCUGUGACUCAGACUGCUGUGAAAAACAGGUAACUUUUUUUAGGCAGUUUUUCCCCUUGGCACUUAUUGGAGCAUCCUGUUUACCCCUCAGUUCAGUUGUUGGCCCAAAAAUAAUGGGACGGAUUAUAUAGUUACUUUCUGAAGGGGAGGCACUCAGUGUGGAGGAAUGACUUGAUGGAAUGGCCCUCUCUCUUUUUAAACUCUGACUCAGGCUAUUUCUCUUUCUGUCUCCCCCCCCACCCCCAUUACUCCUCAUGUGUCAAAGUGUGAGUUGAACAGCCAUCUCCGGUAGACAAACAAUGAAGUCAAAGUUAUAACCUCCAGCCCUAGCCUCUAGUAGGUGUAUAGUUGUGGCUGGAGUUCUUCUGCACCUACCCAACUAUUAAAUGACAUGACACUUUUCCCGAACACAUUCUCUGCUGAAUUAUGUGUUUAUGCGGGCAGGCUAGCAUAACAACUCCACUGGUUUGUUGUAGUGAUGGAGCAUCGCUGCAUUAAUGUUAUAGCUUAUUAUAAUUUUCAUGUAGGCUAAUGCAUACAAAUAUUUAACUUCCUGCUGUGUACAUUCUGCUAUUGAUAAUUUCCAAUACAAAAAACCCCCGCCUAGGCUUACAUCAUGCUAUUUGUAUUUAACUUCUCAUGUGUGUUGUACCAUCACAACCUACACAAAAUGCCUAAUACAAAUGUUUUGACCACAAUUAGCCUAGUCACUUGAUUUUCUAUUGCAACAACCUUUAAUUACUCUCUCUCUUUCUCUACCAAUGAGCAACACCGACAUCCCUAAUUAUAGGCGAAUGGCGUUGUUUGUUUUAAAUGUGUCCACACAAGGUUUGCUCCAACUGCCACGAUUAAGUCAUUGUGAAGUCAAAAUGGGCUGUUUUUGUUUUUUCCCCUGUUAUUGUCACUCAAUCAAGUUUUAGGCGCAAGCCCAUCUUGUGGGUGAUUUGUUGAUCACAGCCUUACUUGAGCACCUUUUUAUGAGACAUGUCUCAUCUGUGCAGAUUUGCAGCACGAGGAAACAACACUUUGUAAGAAUGAACAGACACAGGUGAAAAGGGUUGAACUUUUCUGGUAUAAUUUUCUCCGUCAUUUUGUCCUACUGCUAUCUCUCCCCUAGAUGACAAUGGAUGAGAAGUAUGUCAACAACAUCUGGGACCUCCUGAAGAAUGCUAUCCAGGAGAUCCAGAGGAAGAACAACAGCGGGCUGAGCUUCGAGGAGCUCUACAGGAAUGCCUACACCAUGGUGCUGCACAAGCACGGCGAGAAGCUCUACACGGGCCUGCGCGAGGUCGUCACCGAGCACCUCAUCAACAAAGUAAAAGACUACGCUUCCCACAAUGCACUACUGUAUUUAUCUUAUAGAAAGCAUUUCCCAUAAUACGCUAUGAAAGUAACCCCCCGCCCCCCCUCCAUGUAGCUUAUCAAGUUUUUUCGUUAUUUUGAAUGGUCUUCAAGUGCAAUUGAAGCACACAAUUGAAGAUCUUCAUAAAAGGCGUGUGGUAGAAGUAAAUUAAUCCACAAACAGGAAUAUAAUUUGUAUAUCUUAAAGGGAUACUUCGGGAUUUUGGCCCUUUAUCUACUUCCCCAGAGUCAGAUGAACUCGUGGAUGCCAUUUUUAUGUCUCUGCGUACAGUUUGAAGGAAGUUGCUAACUAACGCUAGGGCAAUUGCUAACUAGCGUUACCCAUAGACUUCCUGUCAUUGCGCUAUCUGCUAGCACUCUAGCAGAUACCCAUAUACUUAGUCAUUGUGCUAACGCUAGUUAGCGUUGGCUCGCAAAACUACCUCUAACUUCCUUCUUACUUGACACAAAAAUGGUAUCCACAAGUUCAUCUGACUCUGGGGAAGUAGAUUGCCAAAAUCCCAAAGUCUCCCUUUAAAUGACUGUGUUUUCAUGAAUUUGAUUAUACAAUCUUGAAUCCCAUUCAAAACAGUAUGGGACUUGAUACGGAAGUAAAGCGGAAGAGGGUGGUCACUUUCCUAGCGAAUUAGGCCCAGUGUUUUUCCUGGUUACGUGACCUGACAAAUACUAGGGCCCAGUAUUUUUCCUGUUCAGGUCAUGUGGUCGAGAAACUCCUGGUAGUACUUGUAAUGUUCACCCUUUUUAAAGCACACAAUUUGAUAUGCAAAAUCAGUGGUGAGCCUGUACACACACCACAGUGCAAUCCAGUUAGCAAAUUAAGUACAGCGAAACUCCCCUGAUCGAAUAAAAGAUAGAUGGAUGAUGGAUCAGAGCCAUAUAGCCUACAUGAGAACUGACCACACUCGAAACCAAACAGACAAACUUGAUCAAACUCUCUCUUGAUCCAUUAGUAUAGCUGUAGCAUUGUAUUCUGUCUGGGGGGCUAAUUCCUAUGCACCUUGUUUUGCAUCCAUCCAAGUAUGAACCACCCGCUGGUUGCAUUGGAAUUUUGCAUUUAGCGUCGCCUCCUCUCAUGAAUAUAACAUUUAGCAUACAGCCAGAUAGCUGGGGUCAUUACCUGUAUGUCCACAUGUUGUCAGUCCCCAGCUGUGCCAACACAGAGUCCAGGGUAGAAGUUGCCCAUAGGCACAGAUCUAGGAUAAGUUCAUCCACCUUCAAUCCUAACCUUUACCAUUAUGGUGGAAACUCAAAAAUGGACUUUAGAUCAGUGUCUACAGGCAACUUCAACAUAGUCUCAGCAAAGAUAUAGCUUCUGUCGUUAUCAAUACUUAUGUCUUUCCACAGGUACGGGAAGAUGUCCUCAACUCAUUAAACAAUAACUUUCUGCAGACAUUGAAUCAAGCGUGGAACGAUCACCAGACUGCAAUGGUCAUGAUCAGAGACAUCCUCAUGUACAUGGUAGGUGGCCUGCUUUCUGUCUUAUCGUAUGGUUAUUUAACGAUUGAAGAACAACCGUUUUGUUGUGAGACUGAAUUGGAGUGUCCAUGCCAACCACAACCACAGUCUGUAUAGCGGGAAUAUGCUUGAAAAUAUGCAUGAUUUGAAUGAAUCUGCAGAAUUCCUGAAUUCUAGUCCUGAAUGAUUCUGAAGAUAUUUAAAACCUCAGAUAGGCCUAAUCAGUACUAUUGCUUCUCUAGAAAGCUGUCUCGAGUAUUUCCUUGAAGUGUAAAUAAUAGUUUCCUCUUAUGAAGUCGUGACCCUGGCAGACUCUCCUCACCUACGGGCGGGUGGCCGGGGACUGGGCAGGCUCAGCCUUCUAGUAGCUGUUUGCCCUGGGCAGAACAAAGAGCUACUGUUUUAUCUAUCCAGUUUGAGAAUUGUGCUUCAUUUACUGUAGCAGUAAGGCUGUGUGGAUGGGUGGGUGUGUGUGUGUGUUUACUGUGUGAGAGCGCACGCGCCUUGGAGGUGGAGGGACAUGAGCCGCAAUGACACAGCCGCAAUUGAGACUGCAGAGUUCUCUAAGGGAAUUAUUUUGUUUCUCUUUUUCUCAUGUAUACAGACGAGUAUAGAUUUGUAUUGGUUAGUCUGACCUGCCUAUCCAGUAUCAUAUAUGGCUUUUCAACGCCGAAAAUAAGACAUUCUGCUGAUUCCUUCAUCUCUCCCCCUUACCCCUGCAUGAACUUUUCAUUUGCGUAAAGUAAGCUCUACGUAACUGAAAAUAAUUUGCUCCUUGGAGGACAAAAUAUUCAAAUGUGUUCUAUUCUAACUGAUCUCUAAUGUGGUGUUCUCCACUCCAGGACCGGGUGUACGUACAGCAGAACAACGUGGAGAACGUGUACAACCUGGGCCUGAUCAUCUUCAGAGACCAGGUGGUGCGCUACGGCUGCAUCCGAGACCACCUCCGCCAGACCCUGCUGGACAUGAUCGCACGGGAGAGGAAGGGAGAGGUGGUGGAUAGGUAAGGACUGUUCUAGGAUAUGUCUAACAAAAGAAAGACCUGGCUCUCUAUUCACAAAUUGUCCGAGUAUGAGUGCUGAUCUAGGAUCAGUUUUGCCUUACAGAUUAUAUUGAGUAAGACGGGGAGGACAUGAUCCUAGAUCAGCACUCCUACUCAAUGCUUUGUGAAUACAGGUCCUGCUACUGUUUACCAGGUAGUGGCUAUUUGGUGAGGCUGGUGUAUGAAGGUCAUGUGCUGGGUGACAAUGGCUGGCUGUGUGAUGUAAGGUUUAUGCUUUAAAACGGCUCCGUAUGUUUCUUUGGCUGUUUAGUAUGUAGGCCUAUGAUAAGGGCGGUAGCAUAACCUAUUCACAGAGCACUGACCUUGUUUGUAUGCUCUCAACUUGGGAGAUACACAGCCGAGCCUAAUACAUGAAUACCCACACCAUGACCACUCUGGCAUAUGGUUUUUACUCUGUGGUUGUUGUCAAUGUGAUCUCUUUUGAAGAAUCUGUGGUUGUGUAAGGAGUCAUAAAACUCAAAAUCCUUACCAUAUGGUUUUUAUUCAUGUACAGGGGAGCGAUCAGGAACGCCUGUCAGAUGCUGAUGAUUCUCGGCCUGGAGGGCAGGACUGUGUACGAGGAAGACUUUGAGGCCCCCUUCUUAGAAAUGUCUGCAGAAUUCUUCCAGGUAGGUUGGGCAACAUGUCACUUUUUAUUUUAUAUUUUUGUGAUUGGACAAAUCUGCUGAGAUUGUUUGAUGUUAUGGAUGCUAAAAGAAAACAAACUGAACCAAGCUAUUACAAAACGUUAAGAUGCAUUAAGUCAGUAGCGCUUCCCACUAUCCUCACCCUAAAUAGCAAUUUUCCAACAUUUAGGUGUGACAUCUUUGUUUGUGGUCAUGCAAAUCUUGAUGGCCUAAUGAUGCUUCCUUUUCACACUGACUACAUUUUUUUGCGGGCUUAGUCAUUUUGAUAGCCUGGGAGAUGAUUUCCUUCUUUUCUGACAUUUAUCUGGGAUUCAUGUUGGAACUGCCCUAUUCCCUUGUAAAAACUCUGAUUUUCCUGCUUUUCUAUGUUGCCCUGAUCACAUAAGUUUCAACUUCCAUUCUGCCCUCUAAGAGUGGCUGAAUAACCCCAACAACAUGAUCCUCAAACAUGCUCUGCUAAUCUAUCCCCUCUUUAGAUGGAGAGCCAGAAGUUCCUAGCGGAGAACAGUGCCAGUGUGUACAUUAAGAAGGUGGAGGCCAGGAUCAACGAGGAGAUAGAGCGGGUUUUGCACUGCCUGGAUAAAUCCACGGAGGAACCCAUCGUCAAGGUGGUUGAGCGGGAGCUCAUCUCCAAACACAUGAAGACCAUCGUGGAGAUGGAGAACUCUGGCCUGGUCCACAUGCUCAAGAACGGCAAGACGGAAGGUAAACAAGGAAAACGUGCUUGUUUUACAGGCAUCAGAUUAAGAUGGAUUAAGAUUGAAUUGCGUUAUAAUCCAGACUAAUGAGAACCUUGCGUGUGUGGUGAAAUAUUUCUGGAGACCUGGGCCCAUUUGCAAAAAGCGUCUCAAUGUAGAACUGCUGAUCUGGAUCAGUUUCUCCUGUCAAUAUCAUCUUAUUCAUUAUGAUCUAAAAGUGAAAAUGUAUCCUAUAUCAGCAUUGCUACUCUGAGACUUUGUGAAUAUGGUCCCUGGGCUGAGGGUGAUCUUAAUUCUAAAAGAUUGAGUCAGGACAUGGGCAUGUUAUCCAAUAGUAUUGCACGGUAUACUGGUAUCACGGUACCGAAGCAUGAUACCAAUAUUUUAGCAACUAGUCUCUUGUAUGCGCCAGUCCAAUUACGUCCACUUCACUUUCACUUGUAUUAGCUGUAAUCCACCAGCCGCAUCCCCUUCCGCCCUCACUCAUCUGCUUCUCAGUCCGCUCUUCCUGCGCAUCUAUUCCUCCAGCAGUUUUUUAAAUAUAAUUUAGCCGUGAUGGCGAACGGGAUGCAGAUCCUGAUGAGUCUUCUGGUGUUACAUUUGUAAAUGUUCUACAUUGGAGCAGUGCGCAGAGUGACCAAAGUCAUCGCCUGGUAUAAACAAGAGCAUUUUACAUUAUAUUUUAGUCAUUUAGCAGACGCUCUUAUCCAGAGCGACUUACAGUUAGUGAGUGCAUACAUUAUUUUUUGUAUUUUUCAUACUGGCCCCCCGUGGGAAUCAAACCCACAACCCUGGCGUUGCAAACGCCAUGCUCUACCAACUGAGCUACAUCCCUGCCGGCCAUUCCCUCCCCUACCCUGGACGACGCUGGGCCAAUUGUGCGCCGCCCCAUGGGUCUCCCGGUCGCGGCCGGCUACGACAGAGCCUGGAUUCGAACCAGGAUCUCUAGUGGCACAGCUAACACUGUUAGACCACUGCGCCACUCGGGAGGCAGUCUGAGUAGGCUUUGCAAUUGCACGUUUGCUGUCACGCAUCCUCUGAGUGACAGAGAGGAACGUGGAGCACAGCUUCGUGACCGGCAUGCUUGCAUCUUUACAGCAAAGAAAACAUUUCUCUAGGGAAAACGUAAAAAAAAAAAAAAAAGUACAUAUUACCGAAGCUACCUUUUUAUCUUCCUGCAUGAUUUGGCAUGGAUUUGAUAUAAUUUAACAAACCACGUUUUAAACUAAUCUUGGGUCGCUAAUUAUUGGUUUGAUAACAAACAACAAUGCUCAGUCAUGUUACAUAGCUAGCUAAAAAGCUGCUAGCUUGACAGUAGGUCUAGGCAAAUUUGAUUGGCACAGGAAGAAAGGAAAAGGGUCUGCUACUCAUGAGAUGUGCUUCAAAGGUAGGAUUCAUAUAGGCCUAAUGUAAGCCUAAACAAUUGUGUUUGGUGCCUAACGUUUUUAAAGUUGGGAGUAGUGUAUGUGCUUGUAGGAGAGCGAGAGUGGUGUGUUUGAGAGAUAGAAAGACAGUGUGUGAGGCAGUGUUUCCACUGCAGUAAUUUAGCUGUGGCGCUGCGCCACAGCAAAAUCAUUGCCGCCACGCCCCAAAAAUGUUUCUGCAGUCGCACUUUGAAGAUGCUAGAACAGUCCACAUUUUGCUUUUCCUUUGCAAACAAAACGAGUAAUGAAUAGAAAAAUCAGACAUCCCCAUAGUAGAAUAGUUUAUCUAUUUAAGGCAUUUUGAUUUUCAAAACAUACUCUGUACCCUGAUUUGUUAUGGGUAUUUCCUGACCAGGAAAAAGUAAGGACUAAAAGUGUAAAAUCGAAGGCGUUUGAAAUAGUAACAUGGGUAACUACCCCCAUAAGCAUUGAAGCUAAUGUUCCAGACCACUCUUUUUAGGGCAUCCCCAAGAGUUGACAUGUAAACCACUUUGACUCCAAUAGGAUCUGUGUAUAUGUUAUUGUAAAGCGUGCUGUGAUUUUUAAUUCCACUUUAAAUAAAGUCCACAUUUGCUUUUUAUUUGCAAACAAAACAAGUUAUAAAUAGAAAAAUCUGACAAGCCCAUAGUAGAAUAGUUCAUCUAUUUACCUAGUUGGCUUGUUUGUUCUAUGCGAGAUAAAUAUUCCUCUCGAGGCGCAUUCAAGUUGCGAGCGCCAUAGGGAGGGAAACAUGCAUUCUGACAUGGCGGGGAAAACAGCAGUUUUAAUGGCCUUUGUUAAAAAGAGGAUAAUCUGCACCAUUUUAAACCAAGUUUUUAGUAGCGGCAUGAUUAAGCACGUUACCACUCCGCAGUUCUCUGUGAGUUCAUAGGGGAGAGUGGGGCUAAAUGUAACACGGUCAAUGACCGAGACAGAUUACUUUUAGUUGAGCAAGAGUGGUGGCAACCAAGGAAAGUGUUGGUGGGGUUACAUUAAGUGGUUUCUGUGAGAAGCGCAGGCAGGGGGUGUUUUACCCUAUCAGGUAGGCCUACAUAUAUUCACUGUGUUUAUGCACACUUUUUGGGACCUAACAUUUAUCAAUACGAUGCUAACUAGUUAAAAGAUCACAUUUGGGAUUUAGCUAAUGAUUAGCCAAAUAGGGUAAAUGAAGAUAGGAAAACCCAUUGUUCAGCCUAUUUAUUUAUAGCCAAUAUGCUGCGUCAGUUGGGCUACAGGUGAUCAUGCUUAUUGUUAAUAGCAUACCUGAUAAUAUAGACCAUGCAUCGGCUAUAUGCAUGGGCCUAUAUGUUAAAAUAAUUGUAACAAAUAAUUUUACCAAUAUGUUAUUGGGCUCAUUUCUGGAGGUGGAAAUUAUAUAUUACAUGUCAGCUUUAUUUUCAUUCAUUUUGGAGUAGAAUGUCAAUUUUGAACCCUUCUCCUACAAUUUCCAUAAUACAAAAAUCCCCAUCCAUUUCUGUCUGUUUAAACUAGAGAUCUGUUUUUUGCAUGGGCUGCGUUUCAAUCCACUGCAUCCGCCGAUAUCGCCCUUCCGCAUCUGCGGCGAAAGGUGGCAGAGCUAGAGCGGUGUUUGUAAGACCAUGAGACAUCCCGAAAAAUUGGUCUUCUCAAGAAAACUUCUAAAGCGUCCGAACAGUUUGGCCUACAAAACUAUUAUGACCACUCAGUGGAAAGGUGAGUCUCUAACGAACACGUACAUGCCGGUUGGACGCGUACAUGCCGGUUGCUCUAUGACGCUCACAAGACUUGUCUGAAGGUCCUCAGUACCAGUUUAAAAAAUGAAUGAAAGUAUAUAUGGAGAUGGUGUAGUGCCUAAAAUAAGGGGAUAAAUAAAUGUACUUUUUUAAAAUUCAUAUAUAGUUUCCUAAUCUUAUGUCUCAGAUAUUGGACAGACACUUCAAAACAAACUUUCUUUUGAUGUUUUAGUUUGAUUGUUCCAUGUAGUGAAUCUGUUAUUCAAUGCAUUUCUAUGGUCUAAUAGCAGUAAUGCCAAAUUCAAUGUUUCUUCAAAUCAUUUUUUAUAUAUAUGUUUUUGAUACCUUAAGGGGUCUUUUAAAAUUAAAUCAAAUAGCCCCAAAAUAGGGUGGAGGGAAACCAAAUUCAGCCUCCCCUCCACGACCUUUUCCCCAACCGCUAAACAUUUUUUCCAGAGGAAACACUGGUGUGAGGGAAGGAUGGAGGGAGAAGGUCUGUCUGUGUUAACUGAAAAGUAAAGGUUUCAUCUAGUGUUUUCCCCCUUACUGUCACAAUGACAUGCAGAUCGUUAUGCAUGUAUAGUCCUUCCUCCCAUUCCUCCAGCCAUCACAGGUAGGCCUUUGCAAAUAUGAGCAAAUCAGCCAUUCUAUGCAGUAUUCUAUUAUAGUGUGAAGCUAAUUCAAUAUGUGUUGUAUACGAUCUGGCCUUAAUGGCCAUGUACUCUUAUCUCCACCUGACACAGCCAGAAGAGGACUGGCCACCCCUCAGAGCCUGGUUCCUCUCUAGGUUUCUUUCUAGGUUCCUGCCUUUCUAGGAAGUUUUUCCUUCAUCUGCAUUGCUUUGCUGUUUGGGGUUUUAGGCCGGGUUUUUAUUUAAGCACUUUGUGACAUCUGCUGAUGUAAAAAGGACUUUAUAAAUACAUUUGUAUUGAGUAGAGGUGUGAAUAUCGGUAUCGUGAUACUUGGCCUGAUACGUGGCCUGAUAUCAUAUCGUUAGUAAAAUCUUGGUAUCAUGACAACACUAUUAUUCAGAGUUAAUCAAUUGGUCUCCAGACCUGUCCAUAAUACUUUUUUGAGGGUCAUGGCUUAAAACUUUCCAAGCUUGAAGCAUUGGUUAUGUUACCUGGUGGGUCACAAAAUGCAUCCGAAAGCAUUAAUAGGGGUCAUAGUGCAAAAAGCUUUGGAGUAUAAUAUUUGAAACCAGUCAGCCCAGGAAGGUGAAGUGGGUUUGUUGCUGUUGCCAGUGUUAAAACACUCUCUCUAUCAGCCUAUCUGGUUUCCAGUAGGCCUAUAUUAAAAAGAUAGUGUUUGUUUAAUAUUGAACAUGAUCUGGUACAAGUUGACUCUAUCAAACACUCUUGAUAAAUAAGUUCUCACUCACUCACUCAGGCAUUUACAGGUUCAGUUCAAUUUGCUUCAAAUGUAUUUAUUCAGCUCUGCAUGCUCACCUGACAAAUUAACUCUGUAACCGUGGCAAAGCCAGACAGAGUUAGACAGACAGUGCUUAAACAAUGUAAUGUAUCGUUGCAAUUCUGAGUGUUGUUCUUUGAAUUUCCUUCAUAACCCAUCUAUUCUCUCUCCCUCUCCCUCGCUCUCUACUUCUCCAGACCUGGGCUGCAUGUACAAGCUGUUCAGCCGUGUGCCUAAUGGCUUGAAGACUAUGUGUGAGUGUAUGAGUUCCUACCUGAGGGAACAGGGCAAGGCUCUGGUGUCAGAGGAGGGAGAGGGCAAGAACCCUGUCGACUACAUCCAGGUACGCUGGGGCUAAUCUCAAAAAUCAAAGAUUGUCCGGCAUUUUGAAAUUCAAAACAUACCCAUAACGAAUCAGGGUACUGAGUAUUUCCUGACCAGGAAAACGUAAGGACUAAAAAGUCUAAAAUCUAAAUUGUUUGAAAUAAUACCGCGAGUAACUACCCCCAUAAUCAUUGAAGCUAAUGUUCCAGACCACUCUUUUUAGGGCAUCCCCAAGAGUUGACAUGUAAACCACUUCGACUCUAAUAGUAUAUGUUAUUGUAAAGUGUGCUGUGAUUUUUAAAUGCCCUUUAAAUAAAGUUGGAUUUGAUACCCCUCCUAUAGGGCCUGUUGGACCUGAAGACGCGGUUCGACCGCUUCCUCCUGGAGUCGUUCAACAACGACCGGCUCUUCAAGCAGACAAUCGCCGGAGACUUUGAGUACUUCCUCAACCUAAACUCCCGCUCCCCCGAGUACCUCUCCCUCUUCAUCGACGACAAGCUCAAGAAGGGAGUCAAGGGGGUACGUCAUUGUAGUGUUUAAUCUUCUAAAUUUUACAUUGCUACACUUCAAUGGGAUAAUCUCAUAUGGUACCCUAUUCUCCACAGUGCACUAGCUUUGGCCAGAAGGAGUGCACUAUAUGGGUAUCAUGAAGUGCACCUGUUGCUGCCUUACCACACAUCCUUUUUGUAUCAUUAACAUAAAAACAUGCUUUUGUACUUUCUGAAAAGGGGAAAAGACUAUUCAAACAUAUCCUAACUCUCUCUGUUUUUGGCAUGAUCUCCAGCUGACGGAGCAGGAGGUGGAGUCCAUCCUGGACAAGGCCAUGGUGCUCUUCAGGUUCAUGCAGGAGAAGGAUGUGUUUGAGAGGUACUAUAAACAGCACCUGGCCCGGAGGCUGCUCACCAACAAGAGUGUCUCUGACGACUCCGAGAAGAAUAUGAUCUCCAAGCUGAAGGUGAGGAGAGGGCGAAUCAGGUCUGCUGUCAAUUACGUUGACAUUUUCGAUCCAAUUGAUUUUGUAUUAAUGCAUUUGAUUUUAAAGAGCAACUGAAUGCAAAAUCCAACUUCUCUGGUUGAAAACGGCGUAUGUGGCAUCGAUAUUAGUCAAACAUUUAUUCCAGUGCUAAAAUUGACUAAGAAGGGUAAGUAGGAUAAUUUUGGUCAUAAAGUCAGCAUAUUCCAAAACUGAGUUUUUGUUAGAUUUGUGUAACUAAGGUCACCACCACAUACAUAAGGGCUGGGUUUGGAUUACCACCUUGCCCACGAACACAAGAUGGUAUGCACAGAUAAACAGCUGCGCUGAUUGCGCUCUAUCCAAUCCCAGAACCUCCAGAUGGGGAGACAGACCUUUCCAUUAUCCAGCGACUCUGACUUGUUUACAUAAGACAAGACGUCGCCAAUGUUAUGUUGAAAGAACAUUUGGCUCUAAGCCCUUUAUGGAGUGGCCAUUUUGCUGAUGUUUGAUAGUGAUGACUCGAGUCUGCCACUGUUUUGGGAAAAUUUGAAUUGAGACGAUGCGCAUGUAUUCCAACAUUCUAAACCCAUUCGUGAGCAUCUUGUCCCUCCUCGAGCAGUUUUGUAACAUGAUUCGCUAUGUCAGACAGGCGCACACUCUGGUAAUAGAUAGUGAGAAAGUUGUAAAGAACUACACAGCACCAAAGCACACCCAUCGCCACCUGCCAGUGACUUGAUGAGCUGAUUUGUCUGUGGCCUGCCUGCUCGAUGUGCCGGCUAGCUACUACUAGCUAGCUUCAUUGACAAACACAGGGAUGGAACUUAGCUAGCGAUUUUGGGCACUGACAAACAGCGUGUAGCUUGUGCUUUAUUUACGAUAGUUUGACAACUUGCUAAUGAAGUUGAGACUCGAUACUCAUACUGUCUGCAGUGCACUGACAUGCACAUUUUUUUACUUGAAAUUCUGCACCAAACACCUUAGCUAGAUGUAAAAUUGCUUGACUAAGACAUCUGCAAAAACGUCAAUUUAUUACAGAUUUCUUGAUUUAUCUUAGAUCAAUUCGGACUAUUUUGAGGAAGUGAUCGUGGCUAUGUUGUUGCUACGGUGUCUCAAGAGGGACAAACACCAGUAACUGCCAGGGUACGCUAUGCAAACAUAACACACCCACAUCGAACCACAUCCCCAAGACCCAAAUCUCGUUUUUCUUAAUGAGCAGCAGAAAAACGUUGAAUCGGUGUGUUCAGCCCCCCUUCAAUUACAUUGUUACUUUUUAUUAUUAAUCAGGAAUUUAGGAUGUUCUUACAUCUUUAUCGUAGCCAAACUUGUAGAUGUUUGACCUGAUCCCAUCCCUGAACCAGUAUGACUUAGUAUGCUGUGUUGUCUCUCCUCUGUGUAGACUGAGUGUGGCUGUCAGUUCACCUCUAAACUGGAAGGGAUGUUCAGAGACAUGAGCAUCUCCAACACCACCAUGGACGAGUUCAGACAACACCUACAGUCCACGGGGGUAAGACAGUGUUACAAUACUAUACCUUUCCACUCACAACACACACCUAAUAGUACACAUUCUCAACACUCACACCUGAUAGUACAUAGGCGUCACGCAAAAACACACCUUACAGGUCACGGGUUUAAGAUAUGAUGCAUACAAUUCCUAUUUACAUCAUAAACGAAAGACUGACAUUGAUAUAAAACAUGUCUGAUGUUCUCCAGUUUAUGUUUAAUAAAUUCAAUCCUGGACUCCUUUUGUGUCUUGGUUCUCCUUUUCAUUUUGUGACCGUGUGUCUGCUAUUUCCAACAGGUGUGUCUAGGGGGCGUCGACCUCACCGUAAGAGUACUCACUACUGGCUAUUGGCCCACACAGUCGGCCACACCCAAGUGCACCAUCCCCCCCUCCCCCAGACACGCCUUCGAGGUCUUUAGAAGGUAGGAUUCAUUCUCUUUUUGCUGUUGUUUUUCCACCUUCAAUUACAACAAAACAAUAAACUGCAUUACAGGCACCUUUAAUGCAACUACUAGGUAAACCAAUACCUUGGUUGAUGAAAAGUAUAGUUUGUAACCAGUUAUUUACCUCACCCUGCAGGUUCUACUUGGCCAAACACAGCGGCAGACAGUUGACACUGCAGCACCACAUGGGCUCAGCAGACCUCAACGCCACCUUUCACGGCCCAAUCAAGAAGGUAAAGGGCCCUGCCUGCCACAAAUGGAUGGAGGGGCUACUCAGAAUAACAUGAAUUGUAGCUUUCCUAAACUGUAAAAUGUCAGUUAACUUUUAUUACCCUGUCUCACUUUCUCUUUGUCUCUUUCCUCUCUACCGCUACAGGAGGAUGGUUCGGAGGUAGGAGUGGGAGGAGCACAGGUGACAGGCUCUAACACCAGGAAACACAUACUGCAGGUCUCUACUUUCCAGAUGACCAUCCUCAUGCUCUUCAACAACAGAGAAAAGUCCACCUUCGAGGUAAGAGCCAGACACUUGUAUAGGCUUGUCAGUCUCAAUCACAUGGAAGUGUUAGAAAUCACAGAUAAAGGUGGGAAGCAGAAAAAUGCAAUCUUCUAUUUCUUCUCCCUUUCACCCUCUCCUCUCCCAUCUUUUCUACUGCACUCUCUGCUUCCCUUUAUUUCUCCUUCUUUCUCUAAUCCUGGAUUCUCUAUCAUCCUCCCCCUUUCUCUCUUCUGCUCCCCCUCUCUCCUUCUCCUCUUCUCCCCCUCCCUCCCUUCUCCACUGUAGGAGAUCCAGCAGGAGACAGACAUCCCGGAGAGGGAGCUGGUGCGAGCGCUGCAGUCGCUGGCAUGCGGGAAGCCAACCCAGCGCGUCCUCACCAAGGAGCCCAAGUCCAAGGAGAUCGAGAACGGCCAUGUGUUUACAGUCAACGAUCAGUUUACCUCAAAGCUGCACAGAGUCAAAAUACAGACAGGUGUGUGUAGUCUGGGCCUUAGAUGUUAAUCCAUAUUCUGUCGGUCUCUUAUUCUAAUGAGAUUGAAUUUCUUAAACUGAAAGCUACCCGGCCGUAUCACAUUGGUCUCCCACUCUGGUUUGGGGAGCUAAAGGCUUUUUUGCCUGCAGUUAGGCUCAACUUCUUAGCUAUUCCUCAUUUAACCUCUGGGCAUGUUGACCUUUGACUUUGCCCUGAUGACCUAUACUGAACAUGUUGUCUUUGCCUCCCUCCCUCCAGUCGCUGCUAAGCAGGGGGAGUCUGACCCUGAGAGAAAAGAGACGCGGCAGAAGGUAGACGACGACAGGAAGCACGAAAUUGAAGCGGCCAUCGUCCGCAUCAUGAAGUCCAGGAAGAAGAUGCAGCACAACGUCCUGGUAGCAGAGGUGGGUGUGGUGAUUUUUAUUUUGAUCCACAUUAGCUAAAUAAACAGCAGCUACUCUUCCUGGGCUCCUCACAAAACAUAGAACAUGACGAAAUACAGAACACUAAUGGACAUCAACAGCAACACAAAUUUAAACUAAGAACAAAGGUCUUAGCAUUUUGGUAGCAGAGGUGGGUGUGGUCUUAACUGUCUUAACUUUCUGGACUAAAAAACUAGUUCAAUGGAGAAUAUCCAUUAAAUGUUUAGUCCCGGAUUAGGCUUAAUCUGUUUUGGGAAAUCCGUCCCUCAGGGUCUGCAGAGAACUCUCUCUGCCUUUAGCUCUACUAGCUCAACUGAUUGUCUCAAACGCAUUAAGAAGGAAAGACAUUCCACAAAUUAACUUUUAACAAGGCACACCUGUUAAUUGAAAUGCAUUCCAGGUGACUACCUCAUGAAGCUGGUUGAGAGAAUGCCAAGAGUGUGUAAAGCUGUCAUCAAGGCAAAGGGUGGCUACUACUCUCAAAUAUAAAAUAUAUUUUGAUUUGUUUAACACUUUUUUGGUUACUACAUGAUUCCAUAUGUGUUAUUUCGUAGUUUUGAUGUCUUCACUAUUAUUCUACAAUGUAGAAAAUAGUAAAAAUAAAGAAAAACCCUGGAAUGAGUAGGCGUCCAAACGUUUGACUGGUACUGUAUUUAGCAGAUGUUAUUGUUGGUGUAGCGAAAUGCUUGUGUUGCUAGCUCCAACAGUGCAGUAAUAUCUAACAAUUCACAAUACACACAAAUCUAAAAGUAAAAGAAUGGAAUUAAGAAAUAUAUAAAUAUUAGGAAGAGCAAUGUCGGAGUGGCAUAGACUAAAAUACAGUAGAAUAGAAUACAGUAUAUCCAUAUGAGAUGGAUAAAGCAACAAUAUGUAAACAUUAUUAAAGUCACUAGUGUUCCAUUAUUAAAGUGGCCAGGGAUUCCAAGUCUAUGUUAUAUAGGGCAGCAGCCUCUAAGGUGCAGGGUUACGUAACCGGGUGGAAGCCGCCUAGUGAUGGCUAUUUUAACAGUCGAUGGCCUUGAGAUAGCUGUUUUUCAGUCUCUCGGUCCCAGCUUUGAUGCCCCUGUACUGACCUCGCCUUCUGGAUGAUAGCAGGGUGAACAGGCAGUGAUUUGGGUGGUUGUUGUUAUUUUCCUGGCCCUCACCUCCUCCCUGUAGGCUGUCUCGUCAUUGUUGGUAAUCAGGCCUACUACUGUUGUGUCGUCUUCAAACUUGAUGAUUGAGUUGGAGGCGUGCUUGGCCACGCAGUCAUGGGUGAACAGGGAGUACAGGAGGGGGCUGAGCAUGCACCCUUGUGGGGCCCUUGUGUUGAGGAUCAGCGAAGUGGAGGUUUUGUUUCCUACCUUCACCACCUGGGGGAGGCCCGUCAGGAAGUCCAGGAGCCAGUUGCACAGGGUGGGAUUCAGACACAGGGCCCUGAGCUUAAUGAUGAGCUUGGAGGGUACUAUGGUGUUGAAUACUGAGCUAUAGUCAAUGAACAGCAUUCUUACAUAGGUAUUCCUCUUGUCCAGAUGGGAUAGGGCAGUGUGCAGUGUGAUUGCAUCGUCUGUGGAUUUAUUGGGGCGGUAAGCAAAUUGAUGUGGGUCUAGGGUGUCAGGUAAGGUGGAGGUGAUAUGAUCCUUAACUAGCCUCUCAAAGCACUUCAUGAUGACGGAAGUGAAUGCUACGGGGCGGUAGUCAUUUAGUUCAUUUACCUUUGCUCUCUUGGGUACAGGAACAAUGGUGGACAUCUUGAAGCAAGUGGGGACAGCAGACUGGGAUAGGGGGAGAUUGAAUAUGUCCGUAAACACUCCAGCCAGCUGGUCUGCGCAUGCUCUGAGGACACGGCUAGGGAAGCUGUCUGGGCCGGCAGCCUUGCGAGGGUUAACACGCUUAAAGGUCUUACUCACGUCGGCCACGGAGAAGGAGAGCCCACAGUCCUUGGUAGCGUGCCACGUCGGUGGCACUGUGUUAUCUUCAAAGCGGGCGAAGGUGUUUCGCUUGUCCGGAAGCUAGACGUCGGUGUCCGUGACGUGGCUGGUUUUCCCUUUGUAGUCUGUGAUUGUCUGUAGACCCUGCCACAUACGUCUCGUGUCUGAGCCAUAUUCCCAGUCACCUUGCCAUGGUUAAAUGCGGUGGUUCGCGCUUUCAGUUUUACGCGAAUGCUGCCAUCUACCCACUGUUUGUGGUUUGGGUAGGUUUUAAUAGUCACAGUGGGUAUAACAUCUCCGACACACUUCCUGAUGAACUCAGUCACCGUAUACGUCGGAAGUUAUUCUGAGGCUACCCAGAACAUAUCCCAGUCCGCGUGAUCAAAACAAUCUUGAAGCAUGGAGUCCGAUUGUUCAGACCAGCGUUGAAUCGUCCUUUGCACGGGUACUUCCUGUUUGAGUUUCUGCCUAUAGGAAGAUAGGAGCAAAAUGUAGUCGUGAUCAGAUUUCCCGAAGGGAGGUGCGGGGGAGGGCCUCGUAGGCAUUUCGAAAAGCUGAGUAGCAGUGGUCUUUUCUCAGAGCAAGUGCUACAGUCAAUGUGUUGGUAGAAUUUCGGUAGCGUUUUUCUCAUUUGCAUUGUUAAAAUGCCCAGCUACAAUAAAUGCUGCCUCAGGAUAUGUGGUUUUGAGUUUGCAUAAAGUCCAGUGCAGGCCCUUGAGGGCCGUCGUGGUAUUGGCUUGAGGGGGAAUAUACACGGCUAUGACUAUAACCGAAGAGAAUUCUCUUGGGAGUUAAUACGGUCGGCCAUUGAUUGAGGUAUUCUAGGUCGGGUGAACAAAAGGACUUGAGUUUCUGUAUGUUAUCACAAUCACACCAUGAGUAGUUAAUCAUGAAACAUACACACCCGCCUUUCUUCUUCCCAGAGUUCUUUAUUCCUGUCUGUAAGUAUUUCAGUGAGUACUUUGAGGCGACUCUUUUAACGUUGAACACGAGUACCAGCUAUAAUCUCUGUGCUGUUCUUUCACCAAUCAUGUUAUGAUUUCUAAUUCCUCAGAAGUUGGAUAUUUCAGCACAUGAUAUUUCAGUGCUUGAUAUUUCAGCACAUAUUACAGUAUGGGACAUUUCAGCACAACCUUUUGAACCAGAGAAACAAUAGUGUAGAGUCUAGUAGUGUUAUUGUACUUCCUCUCUCCCCAGGUAACCCAGCAGCUGCGGGCCCGGUUCCUCCCCAGCCCCGUGGUCAUUAAGAAGCGCAUUGAAGGACUUAUAGAGAGAGAAUACUUGGCACGGACGCCCGAGGACCGAAAAGUCUACACCUACGUUGCAUAA